CUGAGGUCAGCCGAGGUCACGCGGGGGGUGUUCGCCCCGCCCCCAGGCAGGGCAGAUCCAAGCGGCUCUCCCCCUGCGCUCGCCUCUGCUGUAAGCGGCGCCUCCUGCCGCCAAGCGCGCACUGCACUUCAGCCGCCGCCCGAGACGCGUUGUGCAGCCCCCCCUGCCUGCCUGCCCUGCCUGCCCUGCCUGCCUGUUCGUGUCACCUCUGUGGAAGGAGCCAGCAACAAGAUGAGCGGUGCCGGAAAACGUGCGCUGAUCGUGUUCGCUCACCAGGAGCCCCUGCGCUCCUUCAACGGGGCCCUCAAGGAGGCUGCCGUGCAGGCCUUGAGCAAGCAGGGUUGCCAGGUGGAGGUGUCCGACCUGUACGCCUCGACCUUCAACCCGGUGGCAACACGGGCCGACAUCCUAGGGGAUCUGAAGAGCACCGAGAGUUUUCGAUACGGAGAAGAGACUGCAGCAGCCUGGGAGAAGGGAAAACUCAGCCAAGACAUCGUGAACGAGCAGAAGAAGGUGCAGGAUGCGGACCUCGUCAUUUUCCAGUUUCCCUUGUACUGGUUCAGCAUGCCUGCCAUCAUGAAGGGCUGGAUGGAUCGGGUCCUCACCCGCGGCUUCGCUUAUGGGUUCCCACAGUUUUAUGAGAGCGGCCCUUUCACCAAAAAGAAGGCUCUGAUCUCCAUCACCACGGGCGGGAUGGAGUCAAUGUAUGGACCUACAGGUGUCAAUGGUGACAUCAAUGUCAUCCUGUGGCCCAUGCAACAAGGGAUGCUGCACUUCUGUGGCUUCCAAGUGCUGGCCCCACAGAUCUCGUGGAGCCCUUCGUUCAUGCCAGAGGAGGGUCGCAAGGGCCUGGUCGCCACGUGGGAGCAGCGACUGGCAUCCGUGUGGCAGGAGAAGACGCUUAACUUUGCACCUCUUGAGAUUUUUGACCCCAAAAAAGGUUUCGUGCUCAAUGAUGACACCGUGAAGAAUCUCUCCACCAAACCCCAGGGUCUCACCGUGGGCCAACAUGCCGGCAAGCCUCUGCCCCCCAACAACCAGACCAAGGCCAACGAUGCCUCUGCUGAAUAAGCAACCGCUGCUUGAAAUGAUCAAUCUGGUUGCUGGCAUUUCACAUGCACAACAUGUUCAUUUUUUACGAUUGAUUUAUUGAAAGAUGUUUAACAUUUUGAAUAUAACUUGAGAAUCUGGCCAGUUUUUACAUAAAACAUACACUCGAUCUUAAAGGUAUCAAUUUGUGUGAUCUGUUAUCCUUUAAAAGGUGUGUUCUUUAAAAUUACAUGUUCCAAUGACAAGGCAUAAUUGAUUACAUAGGACCUUCCACCACCAAAUUAUUCGAUACAGAGGUGGAAAUCGUUUUACUGACCAUGCAGAGGUGAUCAGGCAGUGGGACGUCGAUGAAGAUGUCAUGUUUGCGCUCGCACAAUUAGUUAAUGUUUAUGUCUUUAAACCAGAAUGGCCAUUAUCACAGUAUAUUCAGCAUGUAAGACAUUGGAAAUGUAUUCUGUGGCAUAUUUAAUAGAUGUUGAUUGAUCAUACUAAAACCUCAUGUUGAAAUUACACAUUAAUAUCGUGCAUAUGGGUAUUUAUAGAAUAAAAACUGGCUAAAAUAGUUUAUAUGUAUCCGAUUAUAAAAUUGUGACUGAUAUAUGAAAGGGUUUGUGAACUGGAUGUGUUCACUAGUCUUAACUACAUCCGUGCUCAUUCGAAAUAAAUCUUGCAACAUGAAUACCUGAAA